CGCUCCCCUCGUCGCGUCGCGAGGAGAGGAGAGGAGAGGCGAGGGGGGGACUGCAACCAAAGCGCCAGAGGCGAUGGGAUGGGGGCAGGCUGCGCGCGAGCCAAGAAGCGAGCGAGGAGGGAUCGACACGAGACAGGACAAGAAGGCCGAAUGCGUGCGGAAUUUGGCCGAAUUGGGCUCGACUCCAUCGAGGCGGCGAGGAAUUGCGCCCUGCGGUCCGCGAGAACUCGUCGUUAGGGAGGGAGAUUCGGUGGCGAGAGCGGAAAUGGUCGAGUGAGGAGGCCGAGAGAGAGAGAGACGAAACGCGAGAGGGUAGCAUCGAUGGUGGCGAGAGCGGAAAUGGUCGAGUGAGGAGGCCGAGAGAGAGAGAGACGAAACGCGAGAGGGUAGCAUCGAUGGAGGAGGCGCGGGCGGGGAGGGGAAUUGGGGUCGCGAGAGAGGUGGAGAGGGUGCGGGUGAGGAGAUGAGCGGGAUUCCUCGAUCGAGCGGGGCUUCCUCUCUGGGAGGAAGUGGCGAUGGUGGUUGUUGUUUGUACUCAUCGAGGCCCGGUGCUGCACUAGGCGAGCUGGUGAUGGGAAAUGGGAGUUUGUACCUUUACCUAGACAAGAAUUCUCUGGAGCAGGGGCGGAGGGAGAGUUUCAUAAUGUGGCAGUACGCUGUGCUGGAGGUGAAUGCUUUGUUGUGGACGCUGUUGAUCGUGGUGACGAUGAUUCUGGUGCGGAGAAUGUUGGGUAUAAUUACUCUAUGGGCUCGUGCUUGGAAGCUGCCCGGACCUCCUCCGCAAUUCUUCAUGCGCCUCUCGCGCUCCUUCGGGAACGAUACGGGUCCUGAUAGUUUCACUGAGUGUUUUGGAGCUUUGCACAAGCAGUAUGGCCCCGUUGUUCGAGUGUGGCUGGGACCGACACAACUCGUCGUGUCGGUCAGAGACCUCAGUAUGGUGAAGGAACUUCUGAUUCAGGCCAAAGAUAGAGUGCCUGCUACAAGGAAGGCCUUCCAGCUUGCAUUUGGCAAAGACAGUCUUUUUUUCUCGUCUUACAGCCAGGCGAAGAGAAGGCGCUCUGUUCUACACCAGGAGUUCUGUGGGUCGCUCCUGAGGAAUGUACAUGCCACCUGCUUGGAUGUCGUUGAUGACCUGAAGAGUUGGGCGUACUUGGGGGGAAAUGGGAAAGAGGUUGAUGCGAAGGUCGUGUCUCAGCAUAUGGCCAUCGCUGUUCUUGGAAUGUCAAUUUUCGGAGAAGGAUUCAAAAGCUGGGGUGCUGCUGAAGAGUUCGAAAAGAUUCUCGUAAAAGUCUCUGAGGAAGCUUGUAUGUGGGCCAGAUUCAGAGUUGCCCCGAUAUGGAACAAAGAGUUUCGCAACUACCAGAAAAUGUGCUCAAGACUGCGGGAUUUGAUGGAGGACCUUAUUACUCUGAGCAGAUCUGUGUCUAGUCAGGGGAGUUUGCGAGGUUGCUAUCUAGAAACUAUAGAUGCCAUGUGGGCGUCCCGAAGCAACAGCAACGACAGAUCUGCAAGUGAGACGGCAGAAGGAAUCUUGAACGAAUUCCUCUCUGAACUUGGCGCUUCUCACCAUAGUCAUCCAGGUCCUGUGAACUCCUUGAAAAAGUUUAAUCCGCAUUUGCUGAGUCUCUUCUGUCAUGCUUGUUUUGCAACCUCCGGUAUCAUAAGCGGCGUUCUUACAAGGUUGGGGCAGCAUCCGGAUGUACAAGCUAAGAUAUACCAAGAAAUUAUCGACAGUUGUGCCAAAGAUGAAUGUCCCAAAGUGGAAGAUUUGAAGAAAAUGCACUAUCUUUGGGCAACGUUACAUGAAUCAGCACGAUUGCUGCCUAUUAGCCCUAUCUUACAGCGGUCAUCACUUGAGAAAGACGUGAAAAUAGGACAAGGUAUGGUACUGCCAGCGGGUGCAAUACUUGUGGUUCCCGUCCAGUUAUUACAAAUGGACAGCAAUUCUUGGGGUCAGGAUGUGGAUACUUUCAACCCCAACCGUUUUUUGAAGCCAAGCAAGGCACGCGUCGAUGAUGCUAGUACAAAUCAAGAAGCUUUGGCAGAAGAGUGCACUAGUGAUUCCGAAGCUUCUGGAUUGCAAGGUCAGUGGGAGGUGGUAAGUCCAAGAGAAUCCAAGGGUACAAGACAGAAGUUGGAGAACCUGAUCUUUGAUGAUCCUGAAGACGAUGCUUCCUUUCUGCUCUUCGGAGCUGGCUCACGAGUAUGUGUCGGGAAAGAUUUUGUGAUGAGAACAAUGGUGACAAUCUUGGCUUGCCUCAUCCAGCAAUUCGAGAUAAAAUUGGCAUCUGAGAGUGACGAAAAUUUGAGGCCCAAGUUAGAAAACUUCGUUUUGCAGCUAUCACCCAGUCCAUCCCUUCUAUUUUUACCGAGGGGAUGAUGUCAGGCCCUCAAAUUCACGUGAGCGGUGUUUCACAGGAGGCUCUACUUCUUGAUCUGAAUAUCGGAGGUCUAUCCAACGUUGUGUUUGACAUUGUCUGCGAUGUUAAGAAAGAGAUUGUGGAGUACUCUUUCGUACCCAAGAAACAGUCGACCAAAGUAUGGGAUCGCAAACGAAAGUGGCAAGUUUAAUGGAUAAGAACUUGAUGCCCUGAGCUAUAGGGACGAAUCGUUGCCAAUAUCCGUCCAUUUCAUCCUAUAUCCCUGUCCAGGUAAAGCUCAUCGAAUGGGCCUCUUGAUCAGAUAUUCUGAUGCAAGGAAUAUCUGCUGUUCAGUAGACUUUCUAUCUGACACAUGUCGGUGGUGAGAGUGAGACUGCGGUUGAAUCUCAAUUCACUCAAGCAGGGCUGUGCUUCACGCGGGUGCUGAUGGACUCGCUGAUCUUUUUUCCUCUAUUUUUUUGGCCCUUCUUGCAAGGGGCAAUGAUUGGCAAUAGAGUUGAACACUAAAAAGAAGUAUGAGAGUAGUGAAACUCCUCUCUAUCUCCUGGUUACAGUUAGCAGUAUCAUCUUCGUCUCGAGCUGUUUUUUCUCCUUCCGGUGAGUCCGUUGAUGGAAUGAAUAUUAGUUGACAGCCCACGUUGUUACUUCAGGCAAGGUCCUGGUUUUAGAUAAGAGGUCGUCAGAGACAAGUCUAUUAUGAAGAUUUAACUUCUUGUAUGUCUGUCCUGAGACCGAGAAUCGUCCAAAAGUUUUGUAAAUACUCAAGUUAGUAUGUAAUGUACAAGGCUUUUUGGUUCCUAGCCUUGUUGCGUUGUAAUUCUUAUCUGAAAUAUAUUAGUGUCAUGAGGAAUGGCUUUCAUU